CUGGAGGAGCUGUCAAAACUUCCUCUCAGCUGCCCUCCGCCCGCCCGCCCGCCCAGCGUCGGCCUCCGCCUCCUCCGCUUCCCCCGGGGGCGGGGGAAGGGCACAGGGCCAACGUCCGAUGAAGCGGCGGCGGAGGCUGCCUCCUCCUCGGCAGCAGCAGCAGCAGGAGAAGGAGUCGUUCGUUGCCUGCGGCCGCCACCCUUCACGGGGCCUUGUGUGAGGCGAGAGCGGGCGUCGUCGCGUGAGGGAAGAGAUUCUCCUCAGCUGAGGCGGCGGGAGAAGCCGGCCUGCCCUGCGCGCGCCGGCGGUUGGUGGCGUCGUCGCCGCGGGUCGCUCUCCCCUCCUGCGCCGACCUCGCCGGCCCUCCCCUCCGCCCCGCGAGGAAAGGGGUCUGGUUGCGUGUGGGCUGAGGCGGGCCCUCCUCCCUUCGCCCUCCCCAUGCCGCUACCUGCGCGCUGGUCCGCGGCGGCUGAGGCCAGCAAUGCGAGGCGGAGGUAGGAGAGAGGAGGAGGAGGCGGAGAAGCAGAAGCAGCAGCAGGAGAAGAAGACGACGACGACGAAGGGAAACAGCGGCGGCGGCGGCGGGAGCAGGAGGAGCGUCGGGAUCGCCGCCCUCCUCCUCCUCCUCCUCCUCACCCCCGUCCCCCAAGCUCCCUCCUCGCCCUCCAUGUGCCUCCUCUCCCGUCCUGCUGACUAGGAUGUCAACGGAGGAGCAGAGCCCGGCGCCGGCGGCCGAGCAGCCGCCUCCUCCACCGCCGCCGCCGCCGCCACAACUCCCCGAGCCGGGAGCUCCCCCCACGGCGGCGGCGGCGGCCGCCACAGACAAAAGACCUAGGGGCCGGCCUCGCAAAGAUGGCGCUUCCCCUUUCCAGAGAGUCAGGAAGAAGCCUCGAAGUAGAGGAAAACCUGCAGUGGAGGAUGAAGACAGCAUGGAUGGUUUGGAGGCAGCAGAAACAGAAAACACUGUGGAAACUGAAAUCAAGGAACAAUCUGCAGAGGAGGAUGCCCAAACUGAAGUGCAUGGUGACAAGAAGCUAACGCCAGUUCUUCAGCGCUCAGUGUCUGUGGAAUCUGCAAGCUCCAUUGCCUCUGUUGGUGUUGAAGCAAAAACCAGCAGUGAACAGCUCUGCGCCUUUUGUUAUUGUGGGGAACGAAGCUCAUUGGGACAAGGAGAACUUAAGCAGUUUAGUCCAACACCAGGGUUUAUUGCUCCAUGGAGCAACCAGUCUUUAAAUAAGAGUGAAACUGGUGACAGCAAUGACGGCAUUUAUGAGAGUACUCCAAGGCAGAAUUCAGUCCUACGCAAAUCAAGAGGACAAAAGAAAGAGAAGUCUCAUCAGAGCAUAACAUCUUGUAGAAGUAUAAGCACUCAAACUACUCCUGAUGAUCAGGUAGUCAAAUUCUGGGAUGAACUCAAAAUGGUUGGCUUACCAGAUGACAUUGAUGUCCAAGCCUUAUUUGAGCCAACAGGUUACUGCUGGGCUCAUCACCGCUGUGCGGAAUGGUCACUUGGAAUUUGCCAGACUGAAGAGCAUCUACCAGUGAGUGUGGACAAAGCUGUUGUCUCAGGGAGCACAAAACGAUGUGCAUAUUGCAAGCACCUUGGAGCCACUAUCAAAUGCUGUGAAGAGAAAUGCACCCAGAUGUACCAUUAUCCAUGUGCUGCUGGAGCAGGCACUUUUCAGGACUUUAAUAAUUUUUCCCUUCUUUGCCCAGACCACAUUGACCAGGCUCCACAAAGAUCAAAGGAAGAAGCAAACUGUGCAGUGUGUGAUAGCCCUGGCGACCUCUUAGAUCAGCUUUUUUGUACUACCUGUGGCCAGCAUUACCAUGGAAUGUGCCUGGAUAUACAAGUGACACCUAUAAAACGGGCAGGUUGGCAGUGUCCAGAUUGCAAAGUGUGCCAGAACUGCAAGCAUUCUGGAGAAGACAACAAGAUGCUUGUGUGUGAUACAUGUGACAAAGGGUAUCAUACUUUUUGUUUACAACCAGUUAUGGACUCUGUACCAACAAAUGGCUGGAAAUGCAAAAACUGCAGGGUAUGUGCAGAAUGUGGCACACGGACCAGUAGUCAGUGGCAUCACAACUGUCUUAUGUGUGAUAGUUGUUACCGUCAGCAAGACAAUUUGCCUUGUCCUUUCUGUGAAAAAUCCUCCAAUCCAGACUUGCAAAAAGACAAGUUGCGUUGUCAUAUGUGCAAAAGGUGGAUUCACAUAGAAUGUGACAGAUUUCCCGAUAACGAACUGGAUACUCACUUAAAAGAAUACACUUGCAGUCUUUGCAAAUACUUAGAAGCAGAAGAGGAACAUGCACAGGCAUGUGAUGUGAUGGAUACUGCCCAACCUCUUCCUGAAACUGGUACAGUUUGUGCAGAUGAAAUGGAAACAGAAGAAGGAGGAGAUGUAGCCAACAAGGACCAACUAGUAACGGAUAGCAUCCUUGCUCAAGAAUCAACGGUUAAGUGUGGCACAGAUGGCUUCUCAUUAAAUGAAAAUAAUGGUGAACUGGAAACAGAGGCUCCUGACCAUUUUGGUAAAAGUGAAAUAGAAACAUCUCCUAAAAAGACUCCUGCAUCUGAUCUUAAUCAUGCUGAUAAAAAGAUAGAAAUGACAGAAAAUCUUUCAAAUACAAUGCAGCAAGUCUUAGACAAGCAAACUGAGGAAACAAAACAAUCACAGGAAAGCACUGAGGUAUUUGAAAUGUCCACAGAGGAAUCUCAGCUUCCGCCAGAGAUACCUGAGGAUGUAGCAAAGAUAUCGGAAACCUUCAAUUUGGUCAAUAGUGAGAGCAGCUCCUGUAAGAAGGAAGAACAACCAGAAACAACAAUGGUGCCAGAAGCUGCAGAAGGAGAUGACACUCCUGAAAAUUAUGAAACGUCAUCUCUUCCUGCAAAUGAAAGUUGUGCAACUGACAGUUCACCAUUGGAAGAUAAAUCUUUAAAGUCACCAGCUGAAACACAGUCUUUAUUUUCAUCAUCGGUUGAAUUAAACAAGUCCAGUGUGUCUUCCUCACCAGCAGCCUCACUAGAGUUAGGCUCUUCACAUGACACAAUGCGUAGUCAGAUGUCACCACUAGAAUCCUCUAUAACUCUUCCAACGACAUACGUAUCGCUCACUCCAAAAAUUGGAAUGGGAAAACCAGCUAUCACCAAAAGAAAGUUUUCUCCUGGGAGACCAAGGUCAAGACAGGGGGCUUGGAGUAGCCAUAAUACAGUGAGCCCACCUUCCUGGUCCCCAGACAUUUCAGAAGGUCGGGAAACUUUUAAGUCCAGACCGCUACCUGGCAGUGCCAUAUGGAGCAUCAAAGUGGGUCGUGGCUCAGGGUUUCCUGGGAAGCGGAGACCACGUGGUGCAGGCCUUUCUGGAAGAGGUGGACGGGGGAGAUCAAAACUUAAAAAUGGAAUUGGAUCUUUUCUUUCUCCAGGGGUCACAGAUAUGGACAUUUCAUCUAACAAAGACGAGGAAGAAAACUCAAUGCACAAUACUGUUGUUCUGUUUUCUAGCAGUGACAAGUUUACUUUGCAUCAGGAUAUGUGUGUAGUUUGUGGGAGUUUUGGCCAAGGUGCAGAAGGACGUUUGCUUGCCUGCUCUCAGUGUGGUCAGUGUUACCAUCCAUACUGUGUCAGUAUUAAGAUAACAAAAGUGGUGCUCCACAAAGGUUGGAGGUGUCUGGAAUGCACUGUGUGUGAAGCCUGUGGGAAGGCUACAGAUCCAGGAAGACUGCUCCUUUGCGAUGAUUGUGAUAUCAGCUAUCACACUUACUGCCUAGAUCCGCCAUUGCAGACAGUUCCUAAAGGAGGGUGGAAAUGCAAAUGGUGUGUUUGGUGCAGACAUUGUGGUGCUACAUCUCCUGGUCUUAGAUGUGAAUGGCAAAAUAAUUACACACAGUGUGCUCCCUGUGCAAGUUUAUCUACCUGCCCAGUCUGCUGUUGCAAUUACAGAGAAGAAGAGCUUAUUCUGCAAUGCAGACAGUGUGACAGAUGGAUGCACACAAUCUGUCAAAACUUAAACACAGACGAGGAAGUUGAAAGCACGGCUGACAGUGGCUUUGACUGUACCAUGUGUCAGCCAUACAUACCACCAGCAAAUGUGCCUUCCUCUGAAUGCUGUGAACCAUCGGUUGCCACUCAAAUUAUAACAAAAGCAAAGGAAUUUGACCCACCGAAGACAUACACUCAGGAUGGAGUCUGUCUGACAGAAACAGGGAUGUCUCAGUUACAGAGCCUCAGUGCUGUUGUACCAAGAAGAAAACGGACAAAGCCAAAGCUCAAGUUGAAGAUUAUAAACCAGAAUAGUGUGGCUGUACUUCAGACCCUGCCUGACAUCCAAUCAGAACAUUCAAGGGAUGGCGAGAUGGAUGACAGUAGAGAAGGAGAUCUCAUGGACUGUGAGGGAAAAUCUGAUACAAGCCCUGAACGGGAGCCUGCAGAUGAUGAUCCUAAGGGAGUAGAAGGAACUGAGGGGAUUAAAAAGAGAAAAAGAAAACCAUACAGACCUGGCAUUGGUGGAUUUAUGGUACGUCAGCGGAGUCGUACAGGACAGGGAAAAACAAAACGAUCUCUUUCAAGGAAGGACUCCUCUGGCUCCGUAUCUGAGCAGAUACCCAGCAGAGAUGAAAGUUGGAGUGAACAGCUACUAGAUACACCCGUUGAUGAAACUACUCCUGUUUCAGAGAAUACAGAAAAAAUUAAAAAGCGUUACAGGAAGAAGAAAAACAAGCUUGAAGAAAUCUUCCCAGCGUACUUGCAGGAAGCCUUCUUUGGAAAAGACCUCCUAGAUACCAGUAGACAAAGAAAACCAAGUUUAGAUAAUUUAUGUGAAGAGAGCCUUAACAUUUCUUGCAAAGCAAAUUUGAACACAAAUUUCCUAGAUCCAUCUUCAGAUCCACUUCUUAGCUCAACUUCCACUCCAGCUCCAUCAAAAUCUGGAAUACAAGGUACCUCGGAUGACCCAUUAGCUGCCCUGGUACUGAGCACUGAUGAUGACAUACUUGGAAUUCUUUCUGAUGAUUUAGUGAAAUCUGGGGAUCAUUCAGGUCUUGAUUUAUGCACUUUCCAGGUUGAGAGCUCAUCCUCCCCUUUUGCUGGACUAGAUAUUGGACCCAUAUCGGAUGAUCCAUCCUCUAUACCUCCACAAAGCGUCAGUCAGAGUUCACGGCCACUGAGUGAAGAACAGUUAGAUAGAAUCCUGAGUCCUGAACUGGACAAGAUGGUCACAGAUGGUGCAAUUCUUGGCAAACUGUACAAGAUUCCAGAGCUGGGAGGAAAGGAUGUUGAAGACCUAUUUACUGCUGUACUGAGCCCUUCAGCUACUCAGUCAACUCCUUUGCCACAACCCCCACCACCGCCACCUCCUCAACUCAUGCAUUUGCAUAAUCAAGGAGAGAAUGCAUUUUCAAGAGUUCCACUUAUAAAUGGCCUAAUUGGACCAAGCCCCCAUCUCCCUCAUACAACUUUGGUUCCGGGAGGAGGAAUAGGUUCCUUUUCGACAAUAGCACAGCCACCAUACACAGACACAAGGGAUAAGAAUACAGCAUUUAAUGCAGUGCUGAAUGAUCCCACCAGUUCUUGGGUUCCGUCUGCUACACCACUGGAUGGUGAAGGUGAUACCAUGUCUAACGCACAGAGAAGCACUCUUAAGUGGGAAAAGGAAGAAGCACUUGGUGAAAUGGCAACUGUAGCACCUGUUUUGUACACGAAUAUCAAUUUUCCAAAUCUAAAGGAGGAGUUCCCAGAUUGGACUACAAGAGUGAAGCAAAUUGCUAAAUUGUGGAGGAAAGCAAGCUCACAAGAAAGAGCUCCAUAUGUGCAAAAAGCCCGAGAUAAUAGAGCUGCCUUACGGAUCAACAAAGUGCAGAUGUCUAAUGAUUCCAUGAAAAGGCAGCAGCAGCAGGAUAGCAUUGAUCCAAGCUCUCGUAUCGACACUGAACUCUUUAAGGACCCAUUAAAGCAGAGGGAAUCAGAGCAUGAGCAAGAGUGGAAAUUUAGACAGCAAAUGCGUCAGAAAAGUAAACAGCAAGCUAAAAUUGAAGCAACUCAGAAACUUGAGCAAGUGAAAAAUGAGCAGCAGCAACAGCAGCAACUGCAACAACAACUUGGGUCACAGCAGCUUUUGAACCAGUCAGGUUCAGACACACCUAGUAGUGGGAUUCAAAGUCCUUUAACCCCUCAGACUGGCAAUGGAAGUAUGUCUCCUGCACAACAGACGUUAUAUACAAAACAGGUUCCUGGUACCCCUACUUCUACACCUUCUGAUGUUUUCUUAAAGCCACAGGCCCCACCUCCACCUGCAGCACCAAAUAGAAUGCCUGUUCAAGAUGCACAUUGCCAGGCACCAUCACAACAGAUGUUUCCUCCUUGCUCCUCUACCAGACCACCUUCUCCUGUUGACCCUUAUGCAAAAAUGGUGGGAACUCCUCGGCCACCACCUGUUAACCAAAAUCAAAACUUUGUCAGAAUAAAUUCUGUUACAUCAGUAGAUAUCUGUCCACCCCCUUCAACCCUAUCCAGGCCAGCUCAGGCAUCUGAAUCAACAGGGAGCAGGCCAUCACCUGUCAGAGAUUCAUGUUCUUUGUCUCCAGUCAACAGUGACCCUUAUGCAAAAGCUCCAGAUACACCCAGGCCUACAAUGGGAACGGAACCUUUCUCCAAACCUUUGGGGAUAUCAAGAUCACCUUUAAUUGCAGAACAACCAGGGAAAGCAUCUUUAUCAGCGGCAAACAGCGACCCCUUUGCUAAACCACCUCCAAGAACAGAUGCGUUUCAAAGGCCCCGGAUGUCUCCUGCUGACUCAUAUGCACGCCCACCAUUGACUCCCAUUCCUGUUGUUGAGGGAAGUCCUGGCCCAUUUAAAACUCCAAUGCGCCCAACUCAGUCACCACAAGAUCCGUAUGCUUCAAUGCCACCAACCCCACGGCGCAUGUCUGUGGACCCCUAUGAACGGCCUGUUUUGACACCAAGGCCAGUAGAUAGCUUUUCACACAAUCCAUCUAAUGACCCAUAUAGUCAGCCUCCUCUGACUCCGCAUCCAGCAAUAAAAGAGACUUUUGCCCACCCACAAAGAGUAGUGCGAAACCAGGGUGAUUCUUUUUCUCAGUCUGGAACUAUUUCAAGGGCAGUUGCUCAGGACCCUUACGCCCAGCCUCCGGGUACUCCUCGGCCUGUCUCAGAUCCCUACGCCCAGCCUCCGGGUACCCCUCGGCCUGUCUCAGAUCCCUACGCCCAGCCUCCGGGUACCCCUCGGCCUGUCUCAGAUCCCUACGCCCAGCCUCCGGGUACCCCUCGGCCUGUCGCAGACCCCUACGCCCAGCCUCCAGGUACCCCUCGGCCUGUCUCAGAUCCCUACGCCCAGCCUCCGGGUACCCCUCGGCCUGUCGCAGACCCCUACGCCCAGCCUCCAGUUACUCCUCGGCCUGUUGCAGACCCCUACGCUCAGCCUCCGGGUACUCCUCGGCCAGUCACAGACCCCUAUGCCCAGCCUCCGGGUACUCCUCGCCCCACUGCUGUUGACCCAUACAUGCAUCAGCCACUCACACCAAGACCUGCACAGACUGGAGACUUAUUUGCUCAGGUUUCAGCUAAUCAAAGGCAUUCUGAUCCAUAUGCCCAACCUCCAGGUACACCAAGGCCGGUUAGUAGUGAUCCAUAUUCUCAACCACCAGCAACACCAAGGCCUGGAAUUCCAGAACCUUACAGUAGACCAGCCCUAAUGUCAAAUCGUGAUCCUUAUCUGCAGGCAUCACAGAACAGGACCUUACCUGGGACAUUUGUAAGGCCAUCAGAUCCGUGUUCUCAGCCUCCAAAGCUAUUGGGACCGGCUGCGACAGAUUCUUUUAGCCAUGCUUCAACAGCACCACCUUGUGAUCCUUAUGAUCAACCUCCAAUGACUCCAAGACCUCAGCCAGAAACUUUUGGAACUGCUCAGCUUCCCCACGAUGUUGCAGAUCAGCCAAGAUCUGGAUCAGAGGGUAACUUGGGCUCAUCUGCAAACUCUUCUAUGAGCUUGCAGGGAAAACAGUUCCCCCAAGCUUCUCCUGGCCCAGUACCAACAGCUGGAGCAACAAAUACGCAGACCACAAUGUCUCAGGCAGAUGCAGAAAAAAUAAGACAACGCCAGAAAUUACGUGAGAUUAUUCUGCAGCAGCAGCAACAAAAGAAGAAUGCCAUCCGUCAAGAGAAAAUGCCACAAGAGCCGACCACAGCACCUCAUGCAGGAUCUACGCAACCAUGGCAGCAGCAAGAAAAUCUGAAGCAGAUUUUUAACAGGCCGCCUCCUCCAUAUCCUGGGAAUAUUAGGUCAGCCAUUGUCCCUCCCAGCGGACUAAGGUUCACAGGUUUUCCCAUCGAUGGGCAGUUUAAUAGACCCCAAUUUCCAGGAGAUAUGGGUGGAAUGGCAAUGAGACCUCAUGGAAUUAGAUUUGGUUUUUCUGGAGGUGGUCAUGGUCCUCCACCAUGUCAAGAACGUUUCCUUGGGCCUCCCCAGCAAAUGCAACGUGCUGGAGUUCCACCACAACUCAGAAGAUCAAUUGACAUGCCUAGACUCCCUAACAAGCCACAAAUGGGCAACCCUAUUGGACUCUCACAGCAUUUCCCACCGCAAGGUAUUCAGGUUCAACAGCACAACAUCAUGGGGCAGGCAUUUAUUGAGCUCUGUCACAGAGCACCCGAAGGCAGGCCAAGACUUCCUUUUAAUUCCUCGUCAGCUGUUACGAACACAGUCCCCCAGCAUCAACAACAUACAGGAUUUGUACCUAGACAGGACUGUCAAGGCCCAAGACACCUAGAGCCCACAAGACGUAAUUCUCAAAGCCUAAACAAUCCAUUGCAUGUGGCAACGGGUUUGGAGCAUUUACCGCCAGGUCAGCAAGCUAUAGUGAAUCCCAACCAUCCACCUGUAUUAGUCAUGUGUUCUUUAGGUCAUCCACCAGUUAAUGAUGCUUUUUCAGGAGGUUCUUUGCCAACAACAACACCUACGGAGGCAGCAAGUGACUUACAGAUUCCCAACCAACCCACUGAUGGAUUAGAAGAAAAGCUUGAUCCUGAUGACUCCUCUGUAAAAGAUUUAGAUGUCAAGGACCUUGAGGGUGUUGAGGUUAAGGAUUUAGUUGACGAGGACCUUGAAAAUCUAAAUCUAGACCCAGAAGAUGGCAAAGGAGAUGAACUGGACACAUUAGAUAAUCUUGAAACGAAUGAUCGCCACCUUGAUUACCUUCUAAGAUCAGGCGAAUUUGACAUAAUUGCCUACACUGAUCCAGACCACGAUUUGGGUGACAAAAAAGGUAUGUUUAGUGAGGAGCUAGAUCUUAAUGUCCCCAUAGAUGAAAUACAAGGCAAAGCAGAAGAUACUCAGCAAAAGCAUCAGGAUGAGAAAGCUACCACUCCUGCAGCAUCGUCUCCUCAGAAAAAAACUGCUGAAGUCAGUGAAAUUAAAACAGAAGUUAUGUCUCCAAACACAUUAGAAGAAACUAAAUCUGAAAGUGAAAAAAGAGAUGUAAGUGUGGCAUCCUCCAGCGCUCAGUUUAUGACUGAAACAGAAUUACAUGAUGGAGAGGCAACAUCUGUGAUGCCCCAUAAUGUGGAAUUACCUGGCAAAACAAAUAUGAAUGAGGAAAUCACUGUGCCCAGCCCAGAUACUGUUCCGGGCCCUGCUCCAACAUCAACUCAAGGUUCUUGCAAUAUCUCUGGAUCCACUCCUGUUCUUACAAGUUUGUUAGCUAAUGAGAAUUCAGAAAACACUGAUGUCGGGCCUCUGGGCUCUCCGCCUAAUCCACAGCCAGCAGCACAAAUCAACCCUGUUUCAAGUAUGCCACAAACUUUAAUGACAUCUGCUGGUCAAACCAUGGAAAAUACUGUACCUAAUGUGAACAUGGUUCCACAAAUAAGCCAUAACUUCUCACAAGGGACGGCGGUAAAUCCAGCCUUUAUUCCUGGCCAGACAGCUAAUAGCUUUGGGGCAGUGCAGCCUGGUAAUCAAACUGUGCCUGCUGUAAAUCGACCCGGCCCCAGUGGUAUGCCUGGGCCACAGCCGAUGAUGAUUCCGCAAACAUUAGCCCAGCAGCAAAAUCGAGAGAGGCCUCUUCUGCUAGAAGAACAGCCUCUUCUGCUGCAAGAUCUUUUGGAUCAAGAAAGGCAAGAGCAGCAGCAGCAGCGACAGAUGCAAGCCAUGAUUCGCCAGCGUUCAGAGCCAUUUUUCCCCAACAUUGAUUUUGAUGCAAUCACUGACCCUAUAAUGAAAGCGAAAAUGGUGGCUCUGAAAGGGAUCAAUAAAGUAAUGGCACAGAACAAUAUGGGCAUGCCACAAAUGGUCAUGAACAGAUUUGCCUUUAUGGGUCAAGCAGUGCCAGGAGUACCAAGUGGUGAAAGCCAGAAUCUUGUUCAGCAAGCAAUCACACAGGAUGGAAACCUAACACCGCAGAUGUCUAGACCCAACCCUCCAAAUUUUGGUCCUGGUUUUGUAAAUGAUUCACACAGAAAGCAAUAUGAAGAAUGGCUACAAGAAACACAGCAGCUUCUUCAGAUGCAACAGAAAUUCCUUGAAGAACAAAUUGGAGCACACAGAAAAUCAAAAAAGGCACUAUCUGCAAAACAGCGCACUGCAAAGAAAGCUGGUCGAGAAUUCCCAGAGGAAGAUGCGGAGCAGCUCAAGCAUGUUACUGAGCAGCAGAGUAUGGUUCAAAAACAACUUGAACAGAUACGAAAGCAACAGAAAGAGCAUGCAGAACUCAUUGAAGAAUAUCGGAUUAAACAGCAACAAUGUGGAAUGGGACCCCAUGCAAUGGUGCCAGGUAUGCCUGCUCAGCCUGCAAUGGUCACAGGAGGAUCUCCACCAGCAGUGGGUCAGCAGAGUUUCCCAAUGGUAUCUCAACAGCUUCAGCAUCAACAGCAUGCCAUAGCUGUUCCUGGACAACCCAAUCCACCCAGAAUGCUAAGUUUGCCUGGAUGGCAACCGCCGCCCAGUGCUGCUUCAGCACACAUCCCACACAAUGUACCAAGGAUGCAGCCACCAAUGGCACAGUUGCCGGUGAAUCCUGUUACUCCCACUUCUGUGCCAGCUCCUAGCUCAAAUGUACAGUCAGGGCCACCACCCCGUGUAGAGUUCGAUGACAACAACCCAUUUAGUGAAAGCUUUCAAGAGCGUGAGCGAAAGGAGCGUUUGCGAGAGCAGCAGGAAAGGCAACGGAUUCAGCUUAUGCAGGAGGUGGAUCGGCAGAGAGCUCUGCAGCAGAAAAUGGAAAUGGAACAGCACAGUACAAUGGGCUCAGAAUUAAAUGCCAGAACUUCUUUGCCUCAAAUACCGUUCUUCAAUUCAGACCUACCUUGUGAUUUUAUGCGGCCUCCACGGCCUCUUCAGCAAUCUCCACAGCAUCAACAGCAGCAGAUGGGACCCAUUAUGCAGCAAGGACCUCUAAACUCCCCACCUCCUUCCAGCUUUCCGCAGUGUAGUGAGCGGCAGCCAGUGGGAUCUUCCCCCUUUGUUCCCGAUCCUCCCCCACUUCCAGACGGAAGUCCCCCUUUCCAUUCUGUGAAGCAGCCAUGUGGAAGCUUUUCACAGUACCAGGUUCGGCCUCAGUUUGCCACUGGCCUGCCUGGAGUUUCUCCUGGAACUGGCAGUGGUCCCCCCUGUGGUCAGGACGCCAUGCCCCAUGGAACAAACUUUCCUGGAACAAGUCAGUCUCUCAUCCAGUUGUAUUCUGAUAUCAUUCCAGAGGAGAAGGGCAAAAAGAAAAGAACCAGAAAGAAGAAGAAAGAGGAUGAUGCGGAGUCAGUAAAUACCCCAUCAACCCCACAUUCAGAUAUAACUGCACCCCCAACUCCAGUUGUUUCAGACGCUGUCUCCACCCCAACAGUUAGCACGCCUGGUGAACUUCCACGGCAUCCAGGAGAAUCGGAGGCAGAGGAGCUGCCAGGCUCAUCACCCCCAGAUGUUGCUGAGAGUCAGUCUUCCUUAGAAUUGAAAAGUCAGCUCUCCAGGACUGAUUUGCCACAAAACAUAUUGCCUGAGCAGCCAGGCAUGAACCAGGAGACAGACAAGGACAAGACAGAGGCUUCUAUGAGCAUUCAGGAAAUUAAUCAGGAAAAGACAAGCACUGAUCAAUGCCCUAGUGAGGCUGAGCCUAAGAUGGAGAAUGAAAAUGGCAUUAAAGUGGAAGAGGAGAAAGCUACUGUGCAGCCUUCCCCUUCUUUGCAGAAUCAGGCACAACCUGACAGCAUUCCAGCAGCAAAAGGGGAAUCAGGGAAUGAACUCCUCAAACACUUGCUUAAGAACAAAAAAUCUGCCUCUCUUUUCAAGCAGAAAGCAGAAAGCAGCUUACAGUCAGAAGAAAGUGCUAAGGAGAGCAAAUUCGUGGGGAAACGGGAUCCGAUGGAAGGCAGCAUGCAAUCAUUAGGGAAUCCAUUGCAGGGUACAUUUGGAUGUGGUAACAGCCAGCUUCAGAGAGCAGAUUUAGGACAUGAAAUGAAAAAACAACGAAAUAAACGAACUCAGAGGGCGGGUGAGAAGGCAGCACCUCGAUCUAAGAAGAGAAAAAAAGAGGAAGAGGAAAAGCAUGCUAUUUAUCCUAACACUGAAACAUUUAUGCAGUUAAAACAGCAACUCUCUUUGCUGCCUCUAAUGGAGCCGAUAAUUGGAGUGAGUUUUGCCCACUUUCUUCCUUAUGGCAGUGGCCAUCUGAAUAGUGGAAAUCGCCUUUUGGGAAGCUUUGGUAGUGCAACGCUUGACGGGGUAUCAGAUUACUAUUCUCAGCUAAUCUACAAGCAGAAUAACUUGAGUAACCCUCCCACUCCUCCGGCCUCCCUCCCUCCUACACCUCCACCUGUGACUUGCCAAAAACUGGUAAAUGGAUUUGCAACCACUGAAGAACUUGCUACAAAGGCUGGAAUGCUUGGAGGGCAUGAUGUUACCAAAGCUCUGGGACCGAAGCAGUUUCAGCUGCCUUUCAGACCACAGGAUGAUCUGUUAGCCAGAGCCAUGGCUCAGGGUCCUAAAAGUGUGGAUGUUCCUGCUUCUCUUCCAACCCCACCUCAUAACAAUCAUGAAGAGCUGAGGGUUCAGGAUCCCUGUGAUGACAGAGACACUCCUGACAGCUUUGUUCCUUCCUCCUCUCCCGAGAGUGUAAUGGGCAUGGAAAUAAGUAGAUACCCUGAUCUGUCAGCAGUAAAGGAAGAGAUGCCCGAACCUGUUCCAUCCCCCAUCAUUCCAAUUCUACCUGCCAGUACUGGAAAAGGUUCAGAAGAAAAAAGGAAUUAUAUCAAAACAGAGCCUGGUUCUGGCUUCUUUGGCUCUCAGCUUGGUCCUUCUCAAAAUGGUCCAAAAUCUGGCCUUGUAUCCAUAGCAAUUACUUUACAUCCCACAGCUGCAGAGAAUAUUGGCAGUGUGGUGGCUGCAUUUUCCAAUCUUCUGCAUGUCAGAAUUCCAAACAGUUAUGAAGUGAGCAGUGCACCAGAUGUCUCAUCCUCUCUGGGAAUUAUGAACUCUCACAGAGCAAAUGUAGCCUUUGAGUACAGGCAGCACUUGUUACUUCACGGUCCUCAGGCAGGCACUGUAGGGUCUCCUGGACUAACAGGGCCUUACGGACUCAAACAACAUAAUAUGCCAUUUCCCCCAAGUGGUAACGUCUUGGCAGGCUAUAAGGCACACAGUCCACAUGUUGCAGAUGGUUCAGGGUUGAGGUCACAGUGGUGCUCUCAUUGUAAAGUCGUAGUUCUGGGCAGUGGAGUACGGAAAUCCUUCAGUGAUCUACCUUUCCUGAAACAGGAUUCUAGAGAGAAGUCUGAAAGAAUGGAGAAAGACAUUGUCUUCUGUAGCAACAACUGCUUUGUUCUUUAUUCAGCAUCCAUGCAAGCAAAAAGCUCAGAAAGCAAGGAAUCAAUUCCUACCUUGCCACAGUUUCCAUUGAAGGAGGCAGCCCCCAAAGUGUUCCAUCAGUAUAACAACAACAUCUCUACGUUAGAUGUGCACUGCCUGCCUCAGCUACAGGAAAAGAUUUCUCCGCCUUCCUCGCCCCUUAUCACCUUCCCUCCUGCUUUUGAAGCAGCCAGAGUCGAGCCAAAACCAGAUGAGCUUAAGGUAACCGUGAAGCUAAAACCCCGCCUGAGAACUAUACCGAAUGGUCUGGAUGACUGUCGACCAGUAAGUAAGAAAUGGAAAGGAAUGAAGUGGAAAAAGUGGAACAUACAGAUUGUGAUUCCUAAAGGAACAUUCAAACCUCCUUGUGAUGAGGAGAUAGAUGAAUUCCUCAAAAAGCUGGGCACAACCAUUAAACCUGACCCAGUGCCGAAGGACUACCGAAAGUGUUGUUUCUGUCAUGAGGAGGGAGAUGGGCUGACAGAUGGACCAGCAAGACUUCUAAACCUUGACUUAGAUGUUUGGGUCCACUUGAACUGUGCUCUUUGGUCUACUGAGGUCUAUGAGACACAAGCUGGUGCCUUAAUCAAUGUGGAGCUCGCCCUGCGAAGGGGCUUGCAGAUGAAAUGCAUGUUCUGUCACAAAAUGGGCGCCACCAGCGGCUGUCACAGGUUAAGGUGCACCAAUAUUUAUCACUUUACCUGCGCCAUUAAAGCACAAUGCAUGUUUUUUAAAGACAAAACUAUGCUUUGCCCUAUGCACAAACCAAAGGGCGCUCACGAGCAAGAACUCAGCUAUUUUGCAGUCUUCAGGCGGGUAUACGUCCAGCGGGAUGAAGUCCGACAAAUUGCCAGCAUAGUCCAACGGGGGGAUCGCGAGCACACCUUCCGGGUGGGGAGCCUCAUCUUCCACACGAUUGGCCAGCUGCUGCCACACCAGAUGCAGGCCUUCCAUUCUUCAAAGGUGCUCUACCCUGUGGGUUACGAGGCCAGCCGGUUGUAUUGGAGCACACGCUAUGCCAACCGCAGAUGUCGCUACCUGUGUUCCAUUGAAGAGAAGGAUGGUCUUCCCCUCUUUGUGAUCAGGAUCAUUGAGCAAGGCCAUGAAGACCUGGUUCUUACUGACUCAACCCCUAAAGGUGUUUGGGAUAAAAUCCUAGAGCCUGUUGCUUCAGUAAGGAGGAGUUCUGAAAUGCUGCAGCUAUUCCCUGCAUAUCUAAAGGGUGAAGACCUUUUUGGUUUGACUGUCUCUGCAGUGGCUAGGAUUGCUGAAUCGCUUCCUGGGGUUGAGGCUUGUGAACAUUACACCUUCCGGUAUGGCCGAAACCCCCUCAUGGAACUUCCUCUUGCCAUCAACCCCACAGGCUGCGCCCGCUCUGAGCCAAAAAUGAGCAGCCAUGUCAAGAGGUUUGUGUUAAGGCCUCAUACCUUAAAUAGCACCAGCACUUCAAAGUCAUUUCAGAGCACAGUUACAGGAGAACUGAAUGCACCUUACAGUAAACAGUUUGUUCAUUCAAAGUCCUCUCAGUACCGAAAAAUGAAGACCGAAUGGAAAUCCAACGUCUAUUUGGCACGCUCACGUAUUCAGGGCCUGGGCUUAUAUGCUGCUAGAGACAUUGAAAAGCACACCAUGGUCAUUGAAUAUAUUGGAACCAUCAUCCGCAAUGAGGUAGCCAACAGGAAAGAGAAGCUUUAUGAAUCUCAGAAUCGCGGAGUGUACAUGUUCCGCAUUGACAAUGACCAUGUCAUUGAUGCCACAUUGACAGGAGGUCCUGCAAGGUAUAUUAACCAUUCCUGUGCACCAAACUGUGUGGCUGAGGUGGUAACCUUUGAAAGGGGACAUAAGAUCAUCAUUAGCUCUAGCAGGAGAAUCCAGAAGGGAGAAGAGCUCUGUUAUGACUAUAAGUUUGAUUUUGAAGAUGACCAGCACAAGAUUCCAUGUCACUGUGGAGCUGUAAACUGCCGAAAAUGGAUGAACUAGAUGCAUUCCUUGCUGUCUCCAGGGGUUGCUUGUCCCAAGGAAGAAGUGAUUUUGAUUUUUUUGAUUUUUAUGGGGUGGGUGUGGGUGGGUGUGAAAGCAAUCACUUCUGAAAGUUGUAUUCUACACCAGUGUGAAGCAAGCUGGCAGAAUAUGGAGUUGUUGCCUGAUGUCCGAGGCACACAGAGGUGAAACUGAUCUCCAAACCAGUCCAGCACUUUUGAUUUUAUGAACUCAUAAGGAGAAAUCGUUGAACUUGGGCAGAGAAGCUAUGGCUGAACUGCAAAAGGGCAGUGGGGCAUCAAUGAAUGUAGACUGAAAUCACCAGCGAAAGGGAGACGUCCAAAGUGCUGGCCACAGCCUUACUUAUUAAAGGGGCAGGCCCUCUAAAUACAGAAAAAUAAAUAAAUAAAAGUAGACACCACUGAACAAGGAAUGUACUGAAACGACUUCCUUAGGGAUAGAGCUAAGGGAAAUAACUUGCACUAAAAUACAUUUAAAAUACUUGAUUCCAUGAGUCAGUUUAUUGUAGUUUUUGAUUUCUGUAAAAUAAGAGAAACUUUUUGUAUUUAUUAUUGAAAUAAGUGAAUGAAGCUAUUUUUAAAAGGAAAAGUUAGAAGCCAAGCUGCUGCUGUUACCUGCAGAACUAACAAACCCUGUUACUUUGUACAAAAGUGUAAAUAUUUUGAGGAAUAAAGUACAGUAUAAAAAAAUAGUAAUUGACCAAAUGCUACCAGACUUUGCAGCAGUUCGGGUGCUUAUUAUAAAACUUUGAUAGGGAUGUUACAAUAUGAUCUCAUGUAUUAAAAAUGCCAUUACAAUUGUUAUGGAAUAACCAAAAUCUCAAUUUAAAGAGAGGUUUUACUUUAUUUUUUUAAUCUUUACAGCAGGCUCAACUGUGCUCUAUUAAUAACUUUUUUAAGUAACCGUUAAGACUGGUAGAGAGCAUGUAUAUUACAACUAUGACUUUUGUAGAUGUCUGAGGAAAUUUAGACUGAUUUAUUUUAUUUGUAUUAUAUUGUUACAUCCCUAUUUCUUAAAUCAGGUUUUUUGUGCUUAGAAUUUGUGAUAACUGUGAAUAACUGCUAAAACCACCCAAAAUAGAAGCUGAACAUUGAUUUUCUUUUCCAGAAAAAAAUAGUGGGGAUUACAUGAACUGUUCAGCUUACACUAAAUCAUGUAAUGAAAAUAGAAAUGUGUAGUGAGAGCGUAAGUCUAAUACAAUAGCUGCCUUCUUUAAAAGUAAAAACAAAGAAAAAAUUAGGUGUAAUUGUGCUUUCAGCUGCAGGACUCUGGCAAUAGGGUUUUGGAAAAUGUAAUUUAAAAAAUGUGUUUGUAUGGAUUGUUUUGUUUACAUUUCUUUAAAAAAAAUAAAACACUUUGUGUUUGCUUGUAGAAACCUAAUCAACAUUUUGAAGCAGGUUAGUUUUUUUAUUUUGUACUUUAAAUUCUGGUACUGACACUUCACAGUCUAAAUAUUAAAAAAAUGAAGUUUUUUGUGUGCACAGCGAAAGUGGACUGUAAAACUGUUGAUAUAUUCAGUGCUACAGUUCUGAACUUGUAAUGUAUAUGGCAUGAUGUAUUUUUAUCUUACAGAAUAAAUCAAUUGUAUAUAUUUUUCUCUUGAUAAAUAGCUGUAUGAAAUUUGUUUCUCGAAUAUUUUUCUUCUCUUGUACAAUAUUCCAACAUCCUACCAGUAUUUGUCCUACAGGUUUUUUCUGUUCUGUAUAAUAGUUAUCUAAUGUUGGCAAAAAAUGAAUUUUUGAAGUAUACAGAGUGUUAUGGGCUUUGAAAUUUGUGGAAACAGAUUUAGAAGAUCAGCAUUUACAAAUAAAAUAUUUUACAUCUAUAAA